ACGGCGUCCACAUUUAAGAGAAAUAACGGAACGGUGUAUGUUUUGAAUGAGUAAUAGUAAAAACAUAAUUUUUUAGAACUUAAAAUGUCCGACAAGGAAGAGGAUGGCACUUUGGGACAGACUUCAUCUUCAGAACAGGUGCCAGACGGAGACGGUUUGACUAAGCAGAAGGAUGUGCCUGACGAAGACCAGACUGGUGAUCCGAAAAGUUUGCCAGUUACCACUGAAUCUGAUGUACCUGCAGAAGAUGUGAAAGAAACUGAAAAGGAUGUGAUUUGGGGAAUACCAGACGAAAAGCUUGGUGGCGACGAUAGUAUUGGCAUCUCAGAAGACCAACAAAAUGAGCAAAACGACAGUGUCACAGACCAGACUAAAGAAACUGAGAAAGAGGAAGAGGGUUUGAUCAAUCAGGCGGAUGUGUCCCAGGGAGACACAACUGGUGAACCUAUCACAGAACUACGUACAGAUCCAGAUCCAGUUAUAAUUGGAUCGGAUGCACAAGCAGAUGAUUCAGAAGAAACGGAAAAGGGUGUGACUUGGGGAAUACCAGACGAAAAGGUUGGCGGCGAUGAUAGUAUUGGCAUGUUUCUUGACGACAGUGAAACUACAGGCGAACAAGUACAAAUAACUGAUAAUACCACCGUGACUGAUGCCACAGAAGCUGAAGGUCAAGAAACGGCCCCACCAGAGGAAGUGGAAGAUGAGGUGGAGGCAGCUCAAAUUACAUCGGUAGAAGAAACUGAAGUUGAGCAGGAAGAAUCAAAACAAGAAAUAAAAGAGGGUGAAGAAGGGGAUACAAAAGAAGUAACUGAUGUUGCUGCAGAUGUUUCUGAAACAGUUGAAGAUACAGGUGCCACUGAUGCUGUAGUAAGUGAAGACCAAACAGCACCUCCAUCAGAGGUUGUGGAAGGUGAAGCUUUGGAUGCACCACAACAGAGUUCUGUAGAAGAAACCAAAGUAGAGCAAGAAGAAUCAGAAAAAUUAAUAAAAGAGGGUGAAGAACAGGAAGGCACUGAAAAGCCAGCAGAUGAAGGGGCUGAUGCUGAGGGAAAAGAACAGGAAGAGGGCAAGGAACAAGAACAGGUAGAGGGCAAGGAACAAGAACAGGUAGAGGGCAGAGAACAGGUAGAGGGCAAGGAAGAAGAACAGGUAGAGGGCAAGGAACAAGAACAGGAAGAAGGCAAAGAACAGGUAGAGGGCAAGGAACAAGAACAGGUAGAGGACAAGGAACAAGAACAGGUAGAGGGCAAGGAACAGGAAGAGGACAAGGAACAAGAACAGGUAGAGGGCAAGGAACAAGAACCGGAAGAGGGCAAAGAACAAGAACCUGAACAGGGCACUGUUUCCCCAAAAGAACAAGAAGGCACCACCGAUGAUAUUCAGAGAACAGUGUCCGGUCCUCAAACAGAUCAACAAGACGUUCCUGGUUCAUUAUUUAAAGAAACAACGGGUACUUCAGAUGCUGAAAACAUUCCAGAACCACCACGCAUUCCUUCAGAUGAACGGACUGGAACAUCUCUCGGUGGAGGAUCUUCGUCAUUCUCUGCUUUGAAUAUUGUGUGGUCCUUUGGUCUGAAUCGCAGUGUGCCGGUAUUAAACUUGACUGAUGGUGUGAGGAAGGUUAUUAUGUAUGCCUGUGCCCAUGUUGGUGUGCUGUAUGACUUUCACAACAACAGACAACAUAUUCUUCAGGGACAUGCCAACCCGAUAACAUGCAUAUGUGUGAGUGAAGACAAGAGAUGGCUAGUCACAGGUGACAAAGGACCUGACGCUAUGGUUAUAUUCUGGGAUACUUACACUGGCAUUCCUAUCCAAACGCUGUUUGACUCGAGCCCUGAUGGUGGAGUUGUGGCCAUCACUCUGUCUCCAGACGCCAGAUACCUUGCGACACUGAGUGCGCAGAAAGAACAGACACUGUCCAUUUGGGAUUGGACAAUAGAUGGGGAGACGCCCAUUUGCACGGCGGUGUUGAACCCGUCGUAUGGUGUCCAGCACUACGUUACGUUCAACACGGAGGACAUCCACUACCUGAUCAGUAACAGCGAGUCACAGUGCAUCUUCUACCACUGGGAAGACCGAAGUAUGGAGUACUACACUCCCCCACUGACCGAUGAAGACUUCAAUAAACCUGUUGGCCGGUACAGUCAGUCCAUCUUUAUAGAACGGAAGGCACGAGCACUGACAGCCACAUCUAUAGGAAACCUCGUGGUGUGGGAUAAUCACAAACCACUUGCUAAAGGGGGUGUGACUCAAAACAUAGAAAUAGCAGACAAAAAAGCUUUGAAGAUUGUGAGACUGCAGGAUCGAGGCAUUAACGUUCUCACAAGGACAGACAAUUACAUCGUAGCAGGAGAUGUGGAAGGGCAAGUCAAAUUCUACGAUCAGAGAUUGAAGCUGAUCUACUGUUAUCAAGAAUUGCACCUGGGACCAGUGACAGCCAUCUCCUUUGCAUUCAAUCCCGAAUUCCAGCCAAUUGUGAGAGAAAACACAAACUUUCCACCUGAUGCCACCAUUGCUGCAAAGGAGUUCAUUGUUCGAGACUUUGUGGUGGGAAGUAGUAUCGCUGUGUUUGGAAAUGUUACUGUAGACAAUAGUAAAGUUGAGAUUAUCCACAGAGAACAUGAUGCUUCAGUCCAUGCUUUAGCUGCCCACCCAUCACGACCGCAUAUUGUGAUUGGAAGCUACUCAGGUUUAUUGAAAACAUGGGAUUAUGAAAAAAAAGAAGUUGUUGUGUCACGAAUUCUAGAAAGAGGAAAUCUCAUCAGGUGUUGUACUUUUGACCCGAAAGGUGUAAUCCUAGCUGUUGGCUUUACGAAUGGGACGAUCCGAAUACUGGAUUCUAUAACGUUUCUGGAUGAGCUGGAGGAGCCCUACCAUUACGCCCGAGACGCCAUCACUCAGAUCAUCUUCUCACACAACAACCUGUACAUGGCAGCCGCUGAUUCUGAAUAUACGACGACAGUUUUCAAGAGACAUUCUGCCACUGAACCAUUUAAGUGCUUGGGACGAUACCGCGCACACUACAAACCAAUCAAAGACAUCCUGUUUGGAGUCCAUCUUGACUCGGAUGCUCCCCGUCUCGUGUCCCUGGGUGAAGACAGAGUCAUGGUUGAGUAUGAUUUGGAGGCAAGUGAUGAGGAUGGCCUAAAGAUCGCAAGUUCGGACCGCAUAGAACAGAGUGCUGUGCCCAUGUGCAUGGCUUGGUAUCCACCGGUUACCAAAGAAAACUUCAUUGUCUUGGCCAAUGAUCAGUACAAGUUUAAGCUAAUCAAUGCGACCACCAAGAUGUGUCGGAAGACCUUGCUGGGCCCAACAUACGGAUCACCUAUUGAAAGACUUUCUAUGAUUCCCACACCUGAUGGAAAGUGUUGUCGGUAUAUGGCGUAUGCCACUGAAGACAAGAUCGGCAUGCACAUUCUUCCACUGACUGGUAAUCCACACAACUCCAUGGCACUCAUUGCUCAUCCAAAUGGGGUAGCUAACAUGGCUUGCAGCUAUGAUGGGAAUUACAUCUUCACAGCUGGUGGAUCUGAUGCUACAGUCCACAUGUGGGAAAUUAAUGCAAAUGCUUUGGAAGCCCAAUCGAAACUUGGAGGAGAAGAUUUGAUUCCGUUCUAUGGCUUGCUGGAUGGUGGGAGGAGUGGAGAGCUGUUUGCUGAGCUAGAAGAUUACUUUUACUAUGCCCAGAUCAGAACGCAAGGAAUAAACACAAUGUCCGCACGACAGGUCUCAGUAAGAAUCCAGCUGUCUGAAGUUCCCUUUGUUAUGAGGGCCAUGGGAUUCUACCCUUCUGAACAAGAGAUUGAAGACAUGCUGAAUGAGGUGAAGUUCAGUGAGUAUGUGGAAACUGGACAGUACGUGGACACCAUUGACCUCAGCGAUUUUAUCAAGUUAUAUGUGAACCAUCGACCUGCAUUUGGAUUGGCACCAGACAGAAUAGCGUGGGCAUUUGAGACACUGGGUAUCCCCAAUGAUGAGGGAAUUGCAGCCAUUGAAAGAGGGGAGUUGUUGGAUAUUCUGCAAAGCAAAGGAGAACAUAUGACAGAGUACGAACUUGCCGAAUACCUAACGACCCUGCUGGGCUACAAUCCAGAAGGUGGCAGCAGCGAGCUGCAGGAGUUCGAGGCAGACAAAGCAGCAGAAUCAAUCGAUGAGGGCUUGCCAUUCUCUAUCACAGCCGACAAGUUUUCCAAUGACAUCUUGGGAUUUUCCAUGUACGGACAGUUCAGUUCUAGUGAUCAAAGUGUACAGAAGUCAGAAAAUUAAAACCAGGAAGAAGACAGACAGUUGAAGUUCUACUGACCAAAGUGUGCAGAAGUUGGAAAAUUAAAGUCUGAUAACAGACGGACACUUAACGUUCUACUGACCAAUGUGUGCAGAAGUUACAAAAUUAAAAUCUGAAAGCAGACAGACAGUUAAAGAUUUGGGGAAAAAAGCUCAAACCUUUAUUAACCAGCCAUGUAAAUAUGUAUCAAGAAGUGGCAAUUUUUAAAGUAGGUGGCUGCUUAGUACAGGUUGAUUUGGAAGUAUAUUUAAUAAAUGAUCGACAGAUUUUACAUGAACCUUUCUAUUUUCAGAACACUCUUAUGAGGUUUGUGUUCUUUCUUUUGCCUCACAAUAAUUAAUAAUUUUACCAGAGGAUACAGAUUCAGCAUUAAUUAUAAAAAAAAUAGACUGCUUUUCUCUUUUUUUUUUAUAAACUGUAUCUUCAUAUUUCAAACUAUACUUUGGUUCAUCUUAAAAUAAUUCAGUAUUUUACCAGAGGUAUUAGGAACAAAAUAUGUCGGACAGUAUUAAAACAUUCAUGAUGGUUAACCAGCUUAGCUGCCAUUAACAUUACUACCAGUAUACGAAUGUAAACCAACCACAAAAAUAUACUCUUUGUUUUUAUGUAAUUGUAUAUAAAUAUUUUUAAUGUGGACAAGAAUGACAACUAUAAUUUUAUUUACAUGACUGUGAUAUUUUAUACUGUUUUAUGUAAGGUUUGUAUUUAUGUUUUUAAAAAGUUUUAUAUUAAUAUGAUGUUCAAAAUGACUUAGAAUAUUAUGAAAACAUUAAUGGAAGAAAACUUCACAAUAACAGAUGUGUAGUUUGUCAUGUAUAUUGUCUUGUGUAUUAUGAAGAUAUUUAAUUUAAUAAAACAACUUUACAGAA